UUUUCGGCAUCGUCAGGCAUGUUGCUGGUGAUGGAGGGCAGCCGACUGUGCAACAUUUUUUGUUCAUCUAUCGGAUGCUCUCUGUGAACAACCUAGUUCGACCGCCAAAACGGGCCUCGGUCGAGGGAGAUGGACCCCAGCUGUUGCUCAAGCUCCAGGGCCUCUUUGACAAGGGAAAACCUGCCUCCAGUCAGGUUGACAUGUUGGCGGUCCUCUUUGAUGACGUUCUUGAGGAGCCGGGAGAGGCAGUGAACAAUGCAUCCGUGCCUGACGUUACGCUCUCCACCAAAGAGUGCAUUCUUGAUUAUCUUGCCGGUUAUGUGGUAAAGAAGUUUUCAACGAUAAGCUGCACUGACUGCGUGGGAACACUCAAGAGCCAGACACGAGAGCCAACUGACCUACUCCAGAAGAAGUCUAGAGGAUUCCUGCAAGUGCCCUCAUCCCAGCUCCUCAGCCUGUUGCGCAUUGUGGAAGGACAUGUUGAAGAACUGACUGUGGACACAGUUGCAUGUGCCGAUGUGUAUGCGAACAUUGUUGAGCAAGUUUUGCUCGACAGCCGCAUUGCUUCUGCUGGUGUGGGCUGUAGGUUGCACUAUGUGGGUACCACAGCAGAGGUUGUUCAUUUUUUCUUGAGGUGCCGCCUGCACUUUUACACCAGGGAAAAAAACAAGCUGACACGAGCGACGCGGCGAGCAAACUGCCCAGCAAGUGGUGGCAACAAGCCUAGUCGGUAGCAGAUGUUCUGUUUGUCAUGCUAUGCAAAGCCCAACUGUUGUGUUUUGUGUUUGAUAGUGACACAUAUUUGUGUGACGUUGUUUAUUUCCUUUAUCCGCCAUGCUAUUGCCGUAAACUUGUAUGAAUAAACACUUGCACCACA